AUGAGGAGAACCAAUUUACAAUCCGGAUGGCUCCAUAUCAAACAUUAUAAUGUAUUUGCUGAGCGAUUAUUUAGAAUGUUCCUGCUAAUACUUAUGUUACACCUGGCUUUCUGCGACAUAUGUCCAUCUGUAUUGAACUCUAAAGUUUUGACUUUUGGAAAAGAUAAUAACAAGUGUUUGUACAUUAUAAAUGAACAAAACUAUUGUUCUGCUCGAACUUAUUGUUCGCAACAGCAUCUUGAUUUGGUGACAAUCGAUUCUGCUGGAGAGAAUGCUCAAGUGCAAGCUUUGCUACUCUUCUACAACCACAACAAGGCGUUCAUCGGUUAUAUUUCGAAUGGUACUCAGUGGUUGACAUCGAACGGCUCUCUUCCUGACUAUGAACGAUUUACUAGUGGUAAUCCUGCAAGCUGUGGAACAACCUUAUCACCUUCUCUGACAACUGUACCAGGUCCACGAAGAAGACCCACAGAUAUUGUUUUUGUUUUCGAUGCAUCCAUGUUUUCAUCCUUUUUAGUUGUUGGAAAUCAAGUGUACUUCGCAGAACUUUUAGCGACACACGUUUACGCUCGAGGCUCAGCUCGCUUUGCUUAUACUUUUUACGGAUGCGACCAAAUUCAAAACACAUAUUGGUUACCUUAUGAUGGCUUUGUUAAAAAUUUGAAAAUAUUGAAUGAAACUCUUGCUGCAUGCGUUCGAACCAAGCCAACAACUCUCGAGAAUGGCUUAUCAAAUUUGGUUACAAACUAUUACUCGAUCAACCCUGUCAAAGGUGAAUUUUACAAGUAUAUGGCUGCAAUAUUCUUCAGCAGCUGUACGAAUUCUUCUUGGUUAGCUAUUGGAACGCCUACAGCUCCCGUGAACUCAGAACUCAUUACAAUCGCUAUAGGAUCAUCUGCUACUUCGCUAAGCAGAAUCAGUAACCCGAACGGAAACAGUUUGAGAAUUCCUGACUUUAGCGCUAUGACAAGUCUAGUUCAAAAUGUUGACAACAAAGUGUUUGAUGAUAAUCUAUUGAGAACAGCUGCAUCAGCAGUGGAAUCGACUAAUGUAGCUCAGUCGGAUUCAUGCGUCGGCGCUGACCGUCUAUGUGCUUACAUUGAUGACACGGGUAAUUGGUAUUCUGUCAAUUGUACUGAACACCUGUACGCGUUAUGCUUGGGUAAAGCUCUACCCUAUGUCGCUCCGACAGGUCCGCCAGAUACAGAUCCUUGUAUUGAUGAAUUUACAUAUUAUUCAGACUUGGAGAACGACUAUUGCUAUAAGGUUGAUGUCAAAAAGACAUAUAGCGAUUCCCAGGAUGAUUGUGUGCCAGAUGUUUUCAUUAGGAAUAGAGAGAUUGCGUUGGCUUCGAUACAAAGCGAAUCGGAGAAUCAGAAUAUUUUAAGUUUGGUCAAAAAUAGUACUGGAGUAUCAGCAUUCUGGAUUGGGUUGAACUAUCUACCAGGAACAAAUGAAGACUGCACGAAUGUCUCAAAUUUAACAGUCGCCAAGUCGUGUUGGCAAUGGGAAAAUGGAGAAGAAAUAACUUAUUUGAAUUUCAAAUCUGAUUACCCAAGACUUGGUGUAAGUGAAUUCAACUGCGUUGCCAUGCUUUUUGAGACCGGGCAAUGGAUCACAACAGAUUGCAGUAACAAGCUACCCCCUGUGUGUUCGUAUAGUGUAUCCUCCUAG